AUGCCUCUUUCAGAUCGUACCCCGCCAUCGGCGAAUGGCAAUAGUAGCACUGCUUCGGCGGAGCCCUCCUGGACUGUGCAAAAGUUUGGAGGAACCAGUGUGGGCAAGUUUGCUAUCAAUAUAGUCGAUCACAUAGUACUACCGAGUUUGGCGGAUCAAAGAGUUGCCGUCGUAUGUUCCGCACGCAGCAGUUCCUCUAAGGCUGAGGGUACCACAAAUCGUCUUUUGCGAGCCGCUCGCGACGCUCAAAACUCGGUAUCGAAAGCCUACGAUAUUCUAGUAGAAGCCGUGAGGCAAGAGCACGUGGAAGUGGCCGAGCAGCAAAUAAAGUCCUCCGAACUAAGAGAGCGAUUAAUAUCAGAAGUCAACCAUGAAUGCGCCCACGUCCUCAAAAUACUUGACGCCGCCCAGACGCUCGGAGAAACUAGCGCUCGAUGUGUCGAUAAAGUGAUUAGUGCUGGGGAGAAGCUCAGCUGUCGGUUCAUGGCUGUUCUCCUGCAAGAUCGCGGUGUUGAUUCCGAAUAUGUCGAUCUUUCAGAAAUUAUAGAUUUUACCAUCAGCAAUGGCGGUCUCGACCAAGCCUUUUACGAUCAACUGGCAGCGAAUCUGGGAGCUAGAAUCCGAGCCUGCGAGUCAAGGGUACCCGUUGUUACGGGAUAUUUUGGACCAGUCCCGGGAGGUCUAUUAGAUAAGAUUGGUCGAGGAUAUACCGAUUUGUGCGCAGCCUUAGUCGCCGUGGGCGUCAAUGCGCAAGAGCUGCAGGUGUGGAAAGAAGUUGAUGGUAUAUUCACUGCAGACCCCCGCAAAGUUCCAACAGCUCGCCUCUUGCCAGCAAUUACGCCGGCCGAAGCCGCUGAAUUAACCUUUUAUGGAUCCGAGGUCAUCCACCCCUUCACCAUGGAACAAGUCAUCCGCGCAAGGAUACCGAUUCGCAUCAAGAACGUUAUGAACCCCAAGGGAAGCGGAACAGUUAUAUUCCCCGACUCGACGGCCGAUCUUGAACGUAUAGCAGGUGGUUAUGAAUCUAAAUUGUUCCGAUCAAGGAGUGCUAGCGUCCUGUCUGCGCAGCUCCAGGGUCCCAAGAGACCGACGGCCGUGACCAUCAAACAUAAUAUCCUAGUUAUCAACGUCCAUUCCAACAAGCGAUCCCUAUCCCACGGCUUUUUCGCCGGUAUAUUCUCGGUGCUAGAUCGGUGGCGACUUUCGAUUGACUUGAUCUCGACAAGUGAAGUCCACGUGUCUAUGGCUCUUCAUUCUGAAUUACCACUGCUGAACGGAAUUGGCCGGGAUGAAUAUCAGAUCAUUGAUGAAGACCUCCGUGGCGCCAUUGAAGAUUUAAGGAAAUACGGAGCGGUAGAUAUCAUACCGGAAAUGGCGAUUCUGAGUCUAGUCGGCAAGCAGAUGAAGAAUAUGGUCGGUGUUGCGGGAAAGAUGUUCUCGACACUCGGUGAGAACAACGUGAAUAUUGAGAUGAUUUCGCAGGGGGCUAGCGAAAUCAACAUCUCAUGCGUGAUCGAUGAAAGAGACGCCGAUCGAGCUAUUAAUAUCCUCCACACGAACCUCUUUACAUUUUUGGAAUAG